AUGCCUUCCUACCACACCACACCUCGCGAAACCCGCGAAUCCCGUGCAGCUCGUGCACCCCGCGCAGCUCGCGAAGCCGCAGAAGAAGAAGAACAAGAUCCCUGCGAAUACGUCCAAUUCCACAAAGGCGCCAACGCCCGACCAGACCUGCCCCAUCUUUUGUAUGACGUCCCUGCUAUUGGGGAUGACCCGCCGCCUUACUUGCAUGCUGUUUACGCCCCGGAGCUUUCGGUUGGACGGAUAGAGGGAGGGGGGAGGAGAGGGGAGGGGAGGAUGGGUGGGGUGAUGAGGAGGGGGAAGGGAGGGAGGGGGGCGGCGGUGCUGAGGGGAUUGGGGAGGCACACAGUCCUCAGAGACCUGAUCCCUGACCAGACGGCUGUCUACGAGCGCUGA